AUGACAAAUCAUUCGUCCAAAUAUGAUAAAUACACCGGUGUCGCAAGAGAGAAUGUUGUAAUUGAUCUGAAAAGAAAACUCCAAACCCAACAAAAUGUGAUGGUAAAAGCAACAACUUCACAACAAUUAAGUUUAAUGGCAUCAUACGUUAUUUCUAAUGAAAUUGCAAAAUCUAAAAAAUCUCUAAGUGACGGUGAAUUUAUUAAAAACUGUGCAAUAAAAAUGGCUAAAUCAAUAAACGAAAAUAGAAUUGCGAGUGAAUUUGAAAAAAUAUCACUUUCAAGACGUACCGUGACACGUCGUAUAGCUGGCACUGAUAGUGUUAUUCGUGAAACAUUGCAAACUAUAAUGAUGAAUUGCGCAUAUUUUUCAAUAGCAUUAGACGAAAGUACUGAUGUUUCAGAUGUUAGUCAACUUUUAAUAUUUGUUAGAGUUAUUUCUCCACAAUUUGAAAUGUAUGAAGAACUUUUAGAAUUGUGUUCCUUGCAUGGAUCAACCAAAGGAAUUGAUAUUUUUAAUGCUGUAAAAAAUGCAAUUGAACCAUUUGGAGGUUUCAAAAAAAUGUCAUCGGUUGUGACUGAUGGUGCAAAAUCUAUGGUUGGCAAAAAUAUUGGUUUUAUUGGAUUAUUGCGCAAAUCUGAUAUUAAUGUUCCUGCAAUACAUUGCAUUAUUCAUCAAGAAGCGUUGUGUGGUAAAAUAAUGAAACUUGAUAACAUUAUGAAUACAGUAUUUAAAAUUACUAAUCUAAUUAGAGGAGGCAACCGUAGUUUGAACCACCGUAAUUUUAUUAAAUAUUUAGAAGAACUUGAUUGUGAAUAUGGUGAUUUAUUAUUGCACACAGAUGUACGCUGGUUAAGUCGAGGAAAGUGUCUCGAACGUUUUUUUGAUUUGAGAAAAGAAAUAUUAAAUUUUCUUAAAACAAAUAUUACAACUGAUACCACUUAUUUUGAAAAUCAAUUAGUUGAUAAACAAUUUCUAUGUUCAUUAGCAUUUUUAACGGAUAUUUCUCAACAUUUAAAUAAACUAAAUUUACAACUACAAGUUAUAAAACAAGAAUUUGAUAAUGAAUUUAAUUUUGAACAUUGCAUUACCCACAUUGAUGAAUUAAUUGUAGAGUUCAAAAGACGAUUUGAAGAAAUUGAACUUAUGCGUCCUCAAAUAAAUUUAUUUAAUAAUCCUAUGGCAGUUGAAAUUGAAAAGCAAGAUCCUUCACUUCAAUUAGAAUUAUGUGAGUUACAAACAGAUCCAUUUUUAUCUGCAAAAGAGAUUAAUGUGUCAUUUUGGAAAACAUUACCAGUUGAAAAAUAUCCAAUUCUAAGAGAUUUCGCAUUAAAAAUGUUAUCUAUGUUUGGAACCACAUACAUAUGCGAAUGUACAUUUUCGAACUUGAAACAUAUUAAAUCGAAGGAAAGAAAUCGUUUAACAGAUGAAACCUUGGGACAUUUACUAAGAGUUUCAACUACAGAAAUAGAAGUGGAUUUUACUAAAUUGUCUAUUGAAAAACCUCAUCCUCAAGUAUCACAUUAA